CCCAAAGGCGCCAUCUCUUCUCUGCCUCUAUUUUAUCUCCUGUUUUCUUUUUCAGAAAGCCAUCGAAAGUCGAAACUUCCCCUUUUCCCUUCCCCUCAGUUUCCAAGCCUCCUCCUCCUCCUCCUUUUGCACAGGGCAGUGGGUCUUCGGAAAGCGUGAACAGAAAAGUUGGUGAAGCGCCGAGGAAGUUCGUAAUGUGAAAUGGGUCUUCUUGUGAAGCCAGCUUUUUUGUACUACUAUACUAGGAGAAUGGCCUCUGCUUCCGCCUUCUUAUCUUCCGCUUUUUCCUCUGGUUUUCACUCCCAAAGCACCUCCAAUACUACUACCUUCUUCCCUCUUUCUCCCCACUCCUAUCCCCACCUCUCCUUCCCACUUUACCUCAGGCGGAGAAUUAGAUUUAGUCUUUCAAACCAGAAUUUGGCGGAAAAUGUUGCGUGCCCGAGAGCAUUUAUGUCCACCGAAGCAUUUCAAGGGACUAAAAGUUCCAGUGCUUAUGGUUCUGAACAAAUUCAGGUUUUGGAGGGUUUGGAUCCUGUGAGGAAAAGACCAGGAAUGUAUAUUGGGAGCACUGGCUUUCGUGGGCUUCACCAAUUGGUUUAUGAGAUCUUAGAUAAUGCCAUUGAUGAGGCACAGGCAGGUUUUGCUUCAAAAGUGGAUGUCGUCCUGCUUUCUGACAAUUCAGUGAGCAUCACAGAUAAUGGGCGUGGGAUCCCAACUGACUUGCAUCCGAUGACGAAAAAAUCUUCCCUGGAAACUGUGUUGACGGUUCUGCAUGCAGGUGGCAAGUUUGGUGGUUCCAAUAGUGGAUAUAGUGUCUCAGGAGGAUUACAUGGUGUGGGCUUGUCUGUAGUUAAUGCUUUGUCUGAGGCUCUAGAAGUGACUGUUUGGCGUGACGGGAAAGAAUUCAGUCAGAAAUAUUCACGUGGGAAGCCUGUGACACCGUUAAUUUAUCAUGAGCUUCCCACGGAACCAAGAGAUCAUAGAGGGACUCGGAUUCAGUUUUGGCCAGAUCAGGAAGUAUUCACAUCUGAGAUACAAUUUGAUUAUAAGACUAUUGCUGCACGAUUGAGGGAGCUUGCUUUUCUAAAUCCUGAGCUUACAAUUACGCUAAAAAAAGAGGAUAUAGAGCCAGAAAAGAUCCAAUACAAUGAAUACUUUUAUGCUGGUGGGCUAGCUGAGUAUGUGAAAUGGUUAAAUACCGACAAGAAACCUAUCCAUGAUGUAUUUGGCUUCAGAAAAGAAGCAGAUGGAAUCACAAUUGAUGCAGCUCUCCAGUGGUGCUCAGAUGGAUAUCACGAAGGACUUUAUGGGUUUGCCAACAGCAUCCGGACAAAUGAUGGUGGGACUCACAUAGAUGGCAUCAAGGCUGCCCUGACUAGGACAUUGAACAACAUGGGAAAGAAGUCGAAGAUUAUGAAGGAGGAUAUCAGUUUAAGUGGUGAACAUGUAAGGGAAGGAUUAACUUGUGUAAUAUCAGUUAAAGUUCUGAAUCCAGAGUUUGAAGGGCAAACAAAGACAAGGUUGGGAAACCCAGAGGUGCGGAGGGUUGUUGAUCAAUCUGUUCAAGAGUAUCUUACUGAAUACUUGGAGUUGCAUCCAGAUGUUCUUGAUUCAAUCCUUUUGAAGGCUCUUAAUUCUUAUAAGGCUUCACUCGCAGCGAAGAGGGCUAGGGAAUUGGUGAGACAAAAAAGUGUAUUGAAAUCAUCUUCUCUACCUGGAAAGCUUGCUGAUUGUUCAUCCUCAGAGCCCGAAGAAUCUGAGAUUUUUAUUGUUGAGGGAGAUUCAGCCGGUGGAAGUGCAAAACAAGGUCGUGAUCGGCGGUUUCAGGCCAUUCUGCCUUUGAGAGGUAAAAUAUUGAACAUUGAAAGGAAAGAUGAAGCAGCAAUGUACAAAAAUGAAGAAAUUCAGAAUCUUAUUCUUGGCCUAGGACUUGGUGUGAAGGGAGAGGAUUUCAAAAAGGAGGCUCUUCGAUAUCAUAAAAUCAUAAUUCUAACAGAUGCUGAUGUCGAUGGUGCUCACAUUCGAACAUUAUUGCUGACUUUUUUCUUUAGAUACGAGAAAGCAUUGUUUGAUGAAGGCUGCAUAUAUGUUGGUGUCCCUCCUCUAUACAAGGUUGAGAGGGGAAAGCAAAUAUACUACUGCUAUGAUGAUUCAGAAUUGAAAAAACUUCAGAGUUCAUUUCCUGCCAACGCAUCAUACAACAUUCAGAGAUUCAAAGGCUUGGGAGAGAUGAUGCCAAUGCAACUGUGGGAAACAACUAUGAAUCCAGAGACAAGGCUGCUAAAACAGUUGAAGGUAGAGGAUGCAGCAGAAGCAAAUGUAGUUUUCUCGUCCCUCAUGGGUAGUCAGGUGGACAUGAGGAAAGAGCUUAUAAAGAACUCCAUGAGCAUGGUCAACCUUGAUCAACUGGACAUAUGAUAUUAGAAUCAGAUCUGGAAAAUGUUUAACUGAUUCUAUAUAUGUUGUGUGGUGUGAAGCUUGGGAGAACUUUUUCUGCAGAAGUCUGCAGGCCCUUCCGGCAAAGCUUGUCAGUUGACAUUUUCGUUUUGCAUGGUGAGUUGUUUUAGGUUGGCAAUUGUUACUUGUCCGAUCCAGCAAGGAGUCUAUGCUGAUGUGCUGCUUUUGCAGAGAAAAAUAGAUGAAUCAAGAAUGAUACUCCUCACCCACUAAUGCUUCCUAGUGUCUAAUUAUUUUCUCUGUCUCUGAAAUUUAUCUAGUCUUUACCCCCUGUAACCAAGCUAUGUCCUACUCCAAAGAAUUGAUACUUGAUUUGUUAGAAAAGAUGAUGUUAAUUUUCCUACCCAUUAGACUUUGGAUAAUAUUCAAGAAAUAGGUGCUUUUCUCCUUGGCUUU